CAGGCGACCGCAGAAGGAAAUGGUCGAUCAGGGCAUGUAUACACCACCGGACGCGACCCACCAUUAGACCUUCGCAUGCAUCCCUCGAAGGACUUGGGUGGUGUCGGUCGCGGUCAUAACCCAGAACAGCUUUUCGCCAUGGCAUAUUCUUCAUGUUUCCUUGAGAGCCUGCAGAACUCGCUGUGUCGACAAGGAAAGGGGGACGCCGCUCCUGAUGUCAAGGUACACACAAGUGUAUAUAUGGGACACUAUACCGACUCGCCGCAAUUAGGCCUCAAAGUCCAUGUCACUAUCGAAGGAGUGGAGGACGACGAUGCUAUAAUCGAAGCGCAGAAGGUCAGUUCGUUAACUUUCCCACCUCCCUGA